CUCUCUGCUUCACACUGCGCACUGACACCUCUUCAUUCUCUCCACAGAAGACACAACGUGCGUCUACAGACACAUAAAAGUAGCGCGCGUUAUUUCUACCCUUUUUUCUGCUUAAGCCUUUUUUUAUUUGACUGUCCUUGUGGUCCCUCGGAUGCAACCGUGGGAUUUAAUAGCUGUCAUGUCCAUUGGCUGAACUGAAGAUCCUAAUCGUGUAUCACUGCUAUCAUGGAUACUAUCGGAGUUUCAUUUCUAGACCCGCUGGAGGACUAUGAGAUCAUUCAGAGGAUCGGCAGUGGCACAUACGGUGAUGUGUUUAAGGCAAGGAACAUCAAGAGCUCAAAAAUGGCUGCUAUUAAAAUUGUCAAGCUGGAUCCAGGAGAUGACAUCACGUCUAUUCAGCAGGAGAUAACCACAAUGAAGGAGUGCAAGCAUAAGAAUAUUGUGGCCUAUUAUGGCAGCUACCACAGAAACACAAAGCUGUGGAUCUGUAUGGAGUACUGUGGAGGAGGAUCAUUGCAAGACAUCUAUCAUGUGACUGGGCCCCUGAAGGAGAAACAGAUUGCAUAUAUCUGUAGAGAAACUUUGCAGGGUUUAAAUCAUCUCCAUGAAACUGGCAAAAUUCAUCGCGAUAUCAAGGGUGCCAACAUACUUCUUACUGAGCGAGGAGAUGUCAAACUGGCUGACUUUGGGGUUGCUGCAGAGAUCAGUGCCACUGCUGCCAAGAGGAAAUCUUUUAUUGGAACGCCCUACUGGAUGGCCCCUGAGGUUGCAGCUGUAGAGAAGAAAGGUGGCUAUAACCACUUGUGUGACAUUUGGGCGGUAGGCAUCACUGCCAUUGAGCUGGCAGAGCUGCAGCCACCCAUGUUUGAUCUUCAUCCCAUGAAAGCUCUGAUGCUGAUGUCCAAGAGCAGUUUUCAGCCUCCUAAACUGAAAGAUAAAGCAAAAUGGUCUGCAGGGUUUCAUAGCUUUGUGAAGAUGUGUUUGACGAAGAAUCCUCGUAAGAGGCCCACAGCAGAAACUCUUCUACAGCAUUCCUUUGUUACUCAGCUAUUAACAAGAAACCUAGUUAUCGAGCUGCUGGACAUGGCCAACAAUCCAGAUCUCCACCAGGCACCCAGCAUUGAGGACAACGAUCAUGACGCUAAUGAUGCUACCCCUGAUAAGAUCCAAUCAAAGGGAAAGUCUUUACCAGUAGAGAGAAGUCUUUCUGAGGAACAGUUCGAUCAGGUCAAAUUUGCACCUCUGAGGAGGAAAGAGACAGAUCCUUAUCCAGAUCUGGAUUCAUGUGACGACUGGAGCAUUUCGGGUGAUGAAACUGAGUCACCGAGCCUAUUGGAGUGUGUGGAACAGGAACUGCAGCAGAGGAGCCUGACAAUAAAAAAACAGCCGCCUUUUGAGUGGGGGAAGAGGAAAAGUGGAUUAUUCAGUCCUCCACCAGUAUUAGCCACUGCAUCACUUCCUCCCAUGAGCAAUUUCACUACCGCUCAGCAGGGCACAGAUCUAACCCUGAGACCCAGUGUUACCCUAAAGCCUGAUACGACACUUCGGCCCAAAUCAGCUCUAAUAAGAUGCUCAGCCAGUCAUGAUGUGCGGCAGUGGGACAGUGACCCUUGUGUUCCUGAGGAAGAUGACGAUCAAGAUGAGCAGCAAAGCCUUUCCACCAGCAAGGAUACAGCUCUCUCUCCCGAGUGGAGCACAAUGAGAAAGAAAGCAGAAGAGUCGAGAGCUGAUUCUCAUGGACUCCCUCCUACCCCCCUAGUCCAUAUGGGGGCGUGCUUCUCUAAAGUGUUCAAUGGCUGCCCAUUAAGAAUCCACUGUGCAGUGACAUGGGUUUUUCCAAAAACUAGAGAUCAAUACCUGAUACUGGGGGCAGAGGAGGGGGUCUACACACUCAACUUAAAUGAGCUUCAUGAAGACACUUUGGAAAAGUUACUUCCACAGAGAUGUACAUGGCUAUAUGUCAUGAACAAUGUCCUCAUGUCUGUCUCUGGAAAGUCAUGCCAGCUUUACUCUCAUAGUCUGACAGCUCUGUUUGAGCAGCGUGGACAUGUCCAGAGGAAACCGAGUCACUUAUCACUCAGCACCAACCGCUUCACAGACAGAAUCAUCCACAGGAAGUUUGCAGUGUCACUGAAAAUCCCAGAGACUAAAGGCUGUCGAAAGUGCAGUGUGUCUCGUAACCCGUAUACAGACAGCACGUUUCUUUGUGCGGCUGUGCCGUCUGGACUUGUUUUACUCCUGUGGUAUGAGCCCCUGCAGAAAUUCAUGCAUCUAAAGCACAUAGCUGUAAUCCUUCCAGACCCUCUGGUCAUUUUUGAGCUGCUGGUUUUGGUCACAGAUGAGCUUCCUCAGCUCUGUGUAGGUGUGAGGGAAUGUCAGCCAAGAAGUGAUAACCCUCAGACAAAGCAGCAACUAAAGUUUGACAUAAUUGAACUGAAUGGCUCACCAAAUUCUAAUUCAGAUAGUGAAUGUGUGAAAGCAGGGCAGGUUACACAGUUAGACAGAGAUACAGUGCUGAUUGCAUUAGAAAAAACAGUGAAGAUUGUCAAUCUGAAGGGUGUCCCAAGCAUGGAUUUAGCCUCAGAAAUGGAGUUUGGUUUCCCCAUUGAGACAUUAGUUUGUCUACAAGAUAGUGUUUUAGCUUUCUGGAAGCACGGACUGAAAGGACUCAGCCUGCACAACUGUGAGAUAACACAAGAAAUCACAGAUAAAACCCGAGUAUUUCGGGUUUUAGGCACAAACAGAGACAUUGUUUUACAAAGCACCCCAACUGACAACUCUUCGGCACCCAGCAAUUUAUAUAUUUUGACUGGUCAUGAGAACAGCUAUUAAAAGUAAAGAAACAAUGAAAAGAGACCAGUGGAACUGGAGAUGGAGAGAAAUGCAAAAAUCAUCCUGGAGUAAUAUAAAGUCCAUAAAAGCUUCCAUAUUUUCACCUGUCUGAAAUCUCCACCUUCAUGCUCUGUAACAGAAGGACCCUACACAUAAAGGAAAAGCCUGUUGGUCUGAGUGUCACCAAAUACAGCAGUUUGUUACCAGAUUGUGUUUGUUUCUUCAAGGACAAAAUUACAACACCAAGACAUCUCCACACUGACAUAUGCACAUUGUCUAAAUGCACUGAAAACCCCAGAUAGAGCUGUGGAAGACUGUUUUAUAGCCAUUCAUUUUGUCAUCUGUGUCCUUGCACCUUAUCUUAUUAUAAAAUGGUUAAUUUUAUAAAGAUGGUACAUUAUAUGUAUGAACCACUAUCAGUGAAGUCAGAUCUGACAGAAAUACAGAAAGCCUUAUUCAUAAAUUAUUCAUAUGAUGCACAUGAUAGUAUUUAGAUGUUUAACAACUUUGCAGAUCUAAACUAAUAAAACUCCACCGUAAAAGACUUUCAUAUUAAUAUGUUUUUGAUUUAGCUGUUUGUUAACUGUUUCCUACAUUACCAGCAAUGCUGUUCGACUACCUGCUGAUAGUAGGGCCAGUGGGAUCCCACUACUACUUCGUCCUACUUAAAGCAACUGAUGUGGCUACGCUUUAGUCCGAUGGUCUGUUAGUCUUAAAGCUCUCUCACAUAUGCAUCAGUUCACUCAGCUCAAACAGAUAAGCUUUAACUUAAUGCUAAUGCUGCCAUCAUUGCCAUUUGGUUAUCGCCAUGAAGACUUCCAACUAGCCAUGUCAAGCCCACUUUAACUGCAUUCUAUAGCUGCAUUGCAUUUUGGAAUUCUCCUAUUUCAGUGUUGGCUCUCUCAUUAUUAUUAUGUUAAACCUUGCUGGAAAAGGUCUGGCUCUUCUGCUUUUAGAAGCUAGCAGCAAAAGAUGAUUGUUAUCACUUAUGUUUGAGAUCAUUAAAAGUGUUCUCCUAUUAGUGACACAGACACUAACUUAUCAAAAGUAUAACGAAAAUGCAGAACCAACUAUAAUCACCAUGCAUAUUAAAAAUGUUUCAUAAAUAUAAAUAUUAUAAAAAAAUAAAUAUUUUUUUAAAUAAAAAUUUAGGGUGGGUGGCGUCCUAUGAAGGAACAUUUACUUAAAAAUCAAAUGUUCCUAACAAUGAAAGGAAUCUAGGAGCAAGAUGCUGAUUUACAGCUAUUGAUUUUUCACAUCUUCAGUAAAAGCGUACUUUUAAUCUGAUCACAGGGAAAGUGAGUGAGUUUAACUACAAUAAACUGGUACACAUGGGCAAAAAAGUUAAAAUAUGCCUUGUACGUUUAUGCAUUUACCUCAUUUACAAAAAGUAUUUAAAAUGUAAAUAAAGAUAAUAGAAGUUAGAACAUGUUGUCACUGGGAUUCUUCUCUGCAUGUGUUUUCUUCACAGUGACUUUGCCUUAACAAUGUCACAUUUCUCUGAACACACACAUUCCUAAUCGGUCUGACCUUGGACUGAAUUUGCUGGGAUGACCACACCUGGGAAGGUUGGCAGAUAUCUCGAAGGCUUUUCACUUAAACAAUCCUUCUCUCUGUAGAAUCUUGAAUUUGGAGAUGAUUGUACCAGAUUUUAAGCAGCAAUAACUUCUUCUAUGUGAAAGAGGAGAUACUCUGAAAAGGUGUAGACACAUCUGAGUGCUCCAAAGCACCAAAAUGCCAAAUGAUGAACUAAUCUUGUGUAUUUCAUUAAUAACAUCCGGCUGCGCUCAUAAUAACUGUGGAAGUAGAAAGAGUGUACUUAUUUCCCCGCUGGUUUUUGAAUGAUGGUUUUUCUGUUUGGGAAAAAUAUUGA